CACAGUCGAAUAGUCCCAGAGUCGUAGAGUCGGCUUGGGCGAUCCGGAAAGCAAAGGCAAACCACUUGGCAUUCGCGCUGAACGAGCCGAACAGUGCGAGCGUCGAGUGUCGCGACCUUUUUUUCCACUUCAUACCGCUGACACAGAGAUUCAGAUCCACAUCCACCAGAUCCACACACAUCUGUUUUUUGUUCUCGUUCGUUGCGCGUUGCGUUGCGUUAUUUUUUUGUGUGCGAGAGAAUCGAUCGAUCGAUCGAUCGAUCGGCCAUCCCAACUCGAUCAUCAGUGGUAAACAAAGCGAUCGCGAUCAGCAGAUCCAGUGAGGCAGCAGUUCCGCAGGACCGCAGACCGAUCCCAUAGCCAUGGAGGUGUACACGUCGGACAGCUCGGACACGGACUCGCGGGAGCAGAAAACGCUGGACUUUGGGCGCAUGAGCCUCGACCUGGUCACGCUGGAGGACCACCUGGCCUCGCCGCAGAAGGCGCUGCUGAAGUCCAGCGGCGACAUCGAGACCAUGCUGCUCAACCACAACCGGCUGGUGGGGCUGCCUCGCCUGCUGCUGCAGUUCGCCAACCUGAAGGUCCUGGAUCUCAGCUCCAAUGCCAUCACCACGCUGCCCGAUGCCGUCUGCCAGCUGCCCCUGGUCACGCUGAUUGCCAAGAACAACCUGCUGACCAACGCCUCGCUGCCCAAGUCGCUGCUCUCCAAGCUGGCCAAUGGUGGUGCUGGUGCUGGUGCUGGUGGUGGUGGUGGCACCUCCACGCUGAAGGAGCUCAAUCUGAGCGGCAACCAGCUGACCCACUUCCCCGAACAGGUCACCGAGCUGCGCCACCUCAAGUACCUCUAUCUGGGCGCCAACAAGAUCUCCAGCGUCUCCAAGGAUAUCUGGAAGAUGCAAAGCCUGCACGUGCUGUCCCUGGGUGGCAACCUGAUCAGCGAGGUGCCCGAGGCAGUGGGCUCCCUGAACCAGCUGCAGGCCCUCGUCCUGUGCGACAACCUGAUCGAGAUCCUGCCGACGAGCAUCGCCCGGCUGAAGAACCUCAAGUCGCUGCUGCUCCACAAGAACCGCCUGCGCCACCUGCCCAAGGACAUUGUGGCGCUGAAGAACCUGACCGAGCUGAGUCUGCGCGACAAUCCGCUGGUGGUGCGCUUCGUGCAGGACAUGGCCCUGAAGCCGCCCACCCUGCUGGAGCUGGCCGGGCGCAUGGUGAAGGCCAGUGGCCAGCGACCCGGACCCUACGACAUCCCCCGGACCCUGGCCGAGUACCUGAACAGCGCCAACUGCUGUGUGAAUCCCAACUGCAAGGGCGUCUUCUUCGACAACCGGGUGGAGCACAUCAAGUUCGUGGACUUUUGCGGCAAGUAUCGGGUGCCGUUGCUGCAGUACCUCUGCUCCUCCAAGUGCAUCGAGCCGGAGCAGCCGGCGGCGCGUGGAUCCGCCCAGCCGGCGGCCAGCGCCAGCAGCGGCUUCAUGAUGCGCAAGGUGCUGCUGGGCUAGCCGCAUUCCGGCCCCGGCCCACUCCGUCCUCCUGGGCCAUAUCCAUAGACACAUAUAUAGUUGCCGGGAGCGCGAUCGGAGCGUCGACCGAUCCGGUAUCGGAUUUGGAGCGGACACAGAGACACGAAAUCGAUAUCGGAUUGGGAAUCGCACAAGCGGAAUCGGAAGCGGCAGCGGCGGCGGGAGACGGAAACGGAAAUGAAAGCAUUGGCGGUAGCGGUAGCGGAAGCGGAAAUGGCGGCGGCGGUUCCACGCGUUCCGAGGAGGAUCCGAGGAUGCCGUCAGCCACCUGGCCACCACCGAUCGAUCGCCCAGCCGCUCGCCGGGAUUCCCAUUGGCCUCUUCACACGUCAUCAAAUCCAAUUUGAACUAGUUUGCUAUAAGUGAUCACGACCUGUUUGUUUGCUCGCCUUGCGCGCCAUUUUCUCUGUUUUCUGUUUGUUUGUUUGUUUGUUUGUUUGUUUGUUUGCCUGUUGUUAUCCACACUUACACAAUCUAUACCAAAAAAAACCCGGCUGGCUUUCACUGGGCAAAUGAGAAGGAUUCGAGUGGCUGGCGGACCGAUGUGGCUGAUUGCACUAGUCGAGUGUCGGAGGAAGGUGGUCUAACGCCUUAUCGAGCCCCAUUAAUUGAGUUAGCAACAGAAAACCCAACUGCACACAAUAGAUAUUCCCCCCUAACUUCUUUCACAAACCCAUAGAAAAGCCAUCCUUAUCGAUUGGUACUUUCCAAAGCAAACCAUUGACUAUCUUUAAAUCUUAUCUUUAAAUUACAGUCAGAUUUCCCAGUGAAAAUAUUUAAAAAAUAAAAACCCUUCUUCAAGAAAACAUAAAAAAGUUUACCCAUAGUGAAAUGUAGUUAAGAACGGAUUGUGGCAAAAACUACUAAAACAUCCCUAAAAUACCCUCACAAUUUUCCUUUAAUCCUACUCAACUUUGGCAAAUCAAAUAUAAACACAUUAGCAAAGCGGUUUUCCCGAAAAUAAAAAUGUAACUAACCUACAGCCACAA